AUGCGCAUGUCGUUAACAACACGUAGGCCUUUUUGCCCUGUUCUGCUUAACAUUGGCAGCAGCCGCGCCGUGACGCUCUCACAUUUUCAUGCAAAGGUGUGUCCUUCAAUCACUGCAACUGUAAAGCAAACGAUAAGGGAACUUGAUGAUGAGGCAUCACCCAACCACCAACGGCGACAGGAGUCCUGUUUUUCAUCAGGGGAGUUGCGGUUGCGGCCGUACGGGUUUUCCCCGGAGCGACCACAGCUUCAGCACGAAAGUUGGAGUUGUGCGUGGCACUCAUACCUUAACGCAGUGCGCUUGAGAGGUGAAGUAUCGGCUGCAGGUGUGGCACCCCUCCCUCCCACAGCAACGAGUGCGAACUCCACAAGUCACAAUGAUGACGAAUUCUUUCCAAUGACAGGAACACUCACAUUGCCCGUUCCCGUUGUAGUUCCGACUAGCAAUAAUGAACCCAGUAAUGAAACUAUAAUGAUGGAGUUCUUUCGUGUGGACGCGUUCAUUCCCGUUCGGGUGCAGAUGUACCAUGUGAUGCGGCGGCUUAUUAAGAUGCAGGCAGUGUGGAAUAAUAUAGUAGCAAUCGGGAUCGUGGUACCGACGCACGAGGUUGAGUAUUUUAUUUCUGCAGCAAGAGCUGCCCACGCUUCGGAUGGCGAGAGAACUCCUCACGCUCUGCUCUCAAGAAAACCAAGUGUGUUGGUGUACGACCCGGAAGGGCUUCGAUUUCAAGCACCAGAGUCCAAGAGGUUGCGGAAAUAA